AUGUCAACAGACACAUCGUUCGCCGGCCCCAAAGACUGGCCAGACUGGUCCGCUUCAUACCGGUCCAAGGCCAAGACCCUCAUGAUCUGGGAAUACGUCGAUCCUGCUCAAGAGCCGCCGCUCACGGUAGCAAUGCGUGCCGUGUACAACGACGAUUACCGCCGCUACGAAUUUUACCUCGAGGCCUGGAAAGAAUACAUGUACGGCAUAGGAACGCUAGAGACGUGGGUCAGGAACCACGUCAUACGACAACACAGGGAGGUGAACUGUCAGGAAGAGUGCAGCAGUGGUAUAACAACCUGA